AUGACAGUGUUAGAGAGCCAUACCGAUUAUGAUGUGUACCUAGUGACAGCAAGAGUACAUGACUGUGAUGAAGAUUCUUUUAAAGAAAUUAGAGAAAGUGUAUCUAACCAAGAGGAAGAGUGUUGUGAUCCCUGUAGUACUGAAGCAAAUGAGUUGAGUGAGAGUGGAAUUCCAUUAGUAGGGGAAAAUAAUGAAAGGCUGCCUAGCCGCGAGGCGCGCAGCUACGACGCCGGCGUGCAUCGCGGCGGUGGCGGUGGCAAGCACCACGACGGCGCCUCUGCAGCGGCCGGCGCCGCCGCCGCCUCCGGGGCCAACGCGCUGCGGUCCGCGCCGGCGCCCACCUCCAUAUUCGCCACCGAGAACUCGACCGUGGCGGUGGCGCAGGUGGGCGGCACGGCCACCCUGCCGUGCGUCGUGCGCAAAUUUGCCUCCGGAGUGGUGUCCUGGAUACGAAGGAAGGACUAUCAUCUACUAACGGUUGGCCUAGCAACAUACAGCAGUGACAGUCGGUUCCAGAUUGUUCACGCUAGACACCUUCAAAGCUGGGCCUUGCAGAUAAAAUUCGUGCAACCACAGGACGCCGGCUGGUACGAAUGCCAAGUUUCCACGCAUCCGCCGACCAGCAUAUUUGUUGAACUGAAAGUCACAGAGGCGGUGGCAGAGAUCGCCGGAGCCCCGGACCUGCACCUGCGCAGCGGCAGCGAGCUGCGGCUGAUAUGCAAGCUGAGGCGGUCCACGGAGGCGCCCGAGUUCGUCUUCUGGUACCACGACGACCGCAUGAUCAACUUCGACGAGGACCGCGGCGUGGCUGUGAGCAAGGGGCGCGGCGGCAGCCAGCUGCUCAUCCCGAGGGCGGAGCGCACGGACUCCGGCAACUACACGUGCGCGCCCUCCAACGCGAGGGCCGCCAGCAUCACCGUGCACGUCAUCGAGGGCGAGAAGCCGGCGGCGAUGCAGCACGACAGCCGCAGCGCGUGCCCGCCUCCGGCCGCCGCCCCCGGGCUGGUGGUGGCGCUGCUGGUGCUGCUCUGCCUGUGGUCCUCGCUGGUGCUGGCCCCUGCCUGCACCGUCCAGCCUGCGAGCAGCUGACGCCGCUGUCUGCUCUGCGUGCGCCGUGGUCCCCUGCUGUGACAGCAGGGCGGCCGCCCGUGACACAACAGCUACUGUGCGCCGUCAGCGUCAAGCCAAUUCACCAGUACUGAUUACACGUCUCGUGCCACUUGUCUCUGUGCAGGUGACCAGUGAUGAGACUUCAGAUGUGAAGACAAUGUAUGGACGUGCAGAGAAUAUUUGGUGUUUGGGGCCUGGAGGUAUUUGAAUAUUGGUAAUUUACCCAUCGACAGCGCCCAAAACUAAUUGUAUACAGCCCUGAAUACAGGACUGUAUUAUAACAUACAGUAAGUGAUAUUUUGUCACACGUCAGAUGGUCUACUUUCUGUAAAUUGUAUAGUUAAAUAAAAUAUUUU